CCCCUAGUCACCGGAAGUCUAAGUGCACAUUGCACUUCUGCGAAGUCUAUUGUAUAUACAUUGUGUGAUAUAUAAAAUACAAAUGUGAAAAAUAUAUGUAACGCACAGAGAUCCCAGAUUGUAGAUACAACUUCCUACCCCGGAUUGUCGUAUGCGGAUAUUCAUCCAAGAUGGCAAAAAGGAUUCUACCAUUUGCUUUGAUAAUAGCAGGAUUAUGUAAGAGUGUGGAGUGUAUAAGCUGCUACAGUUGUAUCGACAUCAGGUCCGAUAGCCUCUUAUCAACUAUUGGACCAACAGACCAAAAUUGUCAAAACAGUCCAAGCAAAAGGAAGCAAUGUCAGAUUGGUGAAGUCUGUGGAUAUGUUUAUGGAAAUGUCGACGUGGCAGUCAAUUCUUCAGGGACUAUUUCUAAUGAGACUCUCACCAUACACGCGAGGGAUUGUAUGGUAGUCCUCGCCAACACGACUAUGAAUUGUCACAAGUAC